GACUAUUGUCGAUAAAAUCAUAACGUAUGUUUUCAAAAUUUGAAGCUGAUUUGAUUGACAUUUUUGUCGUUCCCAAAGAGAAAUGGAAAACAGAAUUAUGAGUGUUGGAAAUAGUGUGUUACCUGGUUCUUAAUAUAUCGAGGUAAGGAGUUUGGAGAAAUUUUAAGCACAAUGAGUAUUGGAGCCAUGAAUGUGUGCAUUUGGACACUGUCGGUUGUAUUCCUGCCAAAAACAUUUGCUGCCAACCACACCACCUUGUCGCCGCCCGACGGUUCCACCGAGGGAGGCGGCCUACAGAGCGCGGACGUCGCCGCCAUCGUCCUCGGCAUCCUGCUACUGCUUCUCCUCGCUGCCACCGCCACCAUCUGUUUCUUAUACUACAAAGGCUACCUGGGCAGACACCCAGAGGAGCAGGCAACAGUCCAACCUGUGUUUCCAGAUAUCUUCACCACCACGCCAGCAAGUUUGCGACGAAUUAGCACGAAGGCGAUCGCUAAGGCGCGGGUACGACACCUUAUGAAGGCUGACUCAGAGCCGAUUUUUUACAUGGACGAAGAUAUCUACUACCCGCCAAAUUCCCGGCCACUCCCAACAAACAACGUAAAAGCCGCCCCGUUUCCGGAGAUUUCCAGCGCUAUCACUAAGCAAGGCCACCAUCGAACCGGUCGCCGGACCCAUAAUCGUAGUUUUCCCGGCGUCCAUCACGGCCGCAGGAAGCAAGGCGGUCACGGUGGUCAUGGCAGAAACGAUUUGAAACACCAGCACCAUCGCCACCACCACUACAGGCGGCAUACCAAAAUAGUUCACGAUUUCCGGCAGGAGUCUCCUCCACUUCCAGUCCUUGAGGAACGACGGGCGGCAGAGAUCGAGGAGGACAUUGUGGUGAUUCCGGACACCGCGCGGCCACUUUGUAUCACAACGCACUACGGUGCAAGAACCCCAUACAUGGGGGAGGAUCUAUCAAAAACUAUAUAGCCUUGUUGUUUACUAUUUUUAACGUAUUUUUUAUUUAUUUAUUUAUUUAUUUUUAAGUAUACACGUACCAGUUUUGUUUAGAAUGGGUGAAUGUUGAUUUUAUAUAAUAUAGCAGUUUUGUUUGUGUAUGUUGAAAUUAUAUAUACAUGUAAAUGUAUAUGUAACAGUUGUGUUGGUCAACUUAGUGUUUGUAGUAUACAUUCAUGUACCCAUUUUAUUUAUUUUAAGUAAUAUUUAAAUAUAUACAUGUAUUAAGUGUUGAUUUAUUCAUUUUAUUACAUUUAUUUAGUUUUCAAUGUAAACUGUAUUAUAUCUAUUUAUGAUAUGUAAUUUAUUUGGUUAACUGAUA